AUGAACUCAGUCCUCGAUAGCGUCCUAGGCCCGGACCUGUCCAAGUGGGCUUUCGUAAACUUGGGCCAGCCGCUGACCCCCUCCUCCCAACCCUCGCCCCCCUCAGGCCUGGAUCCCUAUCCCCCGGUGGUCUUGGCCCCCCAGGGACCCCCUUACCUGGGGUACGGAAAUACAGGUCCUCCGCCAGGGGAGCGUCUGCCCCAGGCAGCAGAGCAGGAGAAGCCACCAGCGUCGGAGUUUGGGGAAGGUCGCCACCGCCACAGCAAAACUGGGAAACGAGCCCGGAAGCCGCGGACCAUUUACUCUAACCUGCAGCUGCAGGCCUUGAACCAGCGCUUCCAGCAGACCCGAUACCUGGCGCUGCCCGAGCGGGCCGAGCUGGCCGCACAGCUCGGCCUGACCCAGACCCAGGUCAAGAUCUGGUUCCAGAACAAACGCUCCAAGUUCAGGAAGAUCAUGAAGCAGGGAUCGAGUGUGACAGAAGGGGAGUCUCUGCCCAGAGUCCCCUCGCUGUCACCCUGCUCCCCCAGUCUGCCUCUGCUCUGGGACCCUCCCUCGGUGGGCAAAGGCGGAGGGCUGGAUCCCGGAGGUUACAUCAGCAGCUUCGGGCCUUGGUACCAGCCUCAGCCGCCGGGCACCCUGACUCGGUCCCAGAUGAUGUGACCCGUCCAGCCCAU